AUGGAAGAGAAAGAUGUGUAUACGGAAGAUGGAACGGUCGAUAUACACAAAAAUCCUGCUAAUAAGGAGAAAACCGGAAACUGGAAAGCUUGCCGCUUCAUUCUCGGAAAUGAGUGUUGUGAAAGAUUGGCCUACUAUGGAAUGGGCACAAACCUCGUCAACUAUCUCGAGAGUCGUCUGAAUCAAGGCAAUGCCAAGGCUGCUAAUAACGUCACAAACUGGUCUGGUACAUGUUAUAUAACUCCAUUGAUUGGAGCCUUUAUAGCUGAUGCUUAUCUUGGACGUUAUUGGACUAUCGCAAUCUUUGUUUUCAUCUAUGUUUCCGGUAUGACUCUUUUGACACUAUCAGCUUCAGUUCCUGGACUUAAACCAAGUCACUGCGACGCCAAUACUUGUCAUCCGAAUUCGGGCCAGACCGCGGUUUUCUUCGUUGCGCUUUACAUGAUUGCGCUUGGAACAGGAGGUAUAAAGCCGUGUGUUUCCUCCUUUGGAGCUGAUCAGUUUGAUGAGAAUGACGAAGCUGAGAAGCUGAAGAAAAGCUCCUUCUUUAACUGGUUCUACUUCUCCAUUAACGUUGGAGCUCUCAUUGCUUCCACUGUCCUUGUCUGGAUACAAAUGAACGUUGGUUGGGGUUGGGGCUUCGGUGUUCCCACUGUUGCCAUGAUCAUUGCCGUUAUGUUCUUCUUCUUGGGAAGCAGGUUUUACCGGCUACAGAGACCUGGAGGGAGUCCUCUCACAAGGAUCUUUCAAGUUAUAGUUUCUGCUUUCAGGAAGAUGAGAGUCAAGGUACCUGAAGACAAGACUCUACUGUUUGAAACCGCUGAUGAUGAGAGUAACAUCACUGGUAGCCGGAAACUUGAGCACACAGACAACUUAAAGUUUUUCGACAAGGCAGCGGUUGAGAGUCAAUCAGAUAGCAUCAAAGACGGAGAAGUGAAUCCAUGGAGGCUCUGUUCUGUAACUCAAGUCGAAGAGCUCAAAUCCAUAAUCACACUUCUUCCGGUUUGGGCCUCUGGAAUAGUCUUUGCAACAGUGUACAGCCAAAUGAACACAAUGUUCGUCUUACAAGGGAACACAAUGGACCAACACAUGGGGAAAAACUUCGAAAUCCCAUCAGCUUCUCUCUCGCUUUUCGACACGGUGAGUGUACUCUUCUGGACACCGGUCUACGACCAGUUCAUUGUCCCGUUCGCAAGAAAGUUCACACGACACGAGCGUGGCUUCACUCAGCUUCAACGAAUGGGUAUCGGUCUCGUGCUCUCGAUCUUCGCCAUGAUCAAUGCAGGAGUGUUAGAGGUCGUUAGGCUCGACUAUGUGAAAUCUCACGACGCUUAUGACCAGAAAAAGAUCCCAAUGUCGAUUUUCUGGCAAGUCCCUCAGUAUUUGCUUGUUGGGUGUGCAGAAGUUUUCACCUUUAUAGGUCAGCUUGAGUUUUUCUAUGACCAAGCUCCUGAUGCGAUGAGAAGUCUCUGCUCUGCUUUGUCGUUGACUACUGUUGCGUUAGGGAACUACUUGAGCACUGUUCUUGUGACGGUUGUGAUGAAGAUGACUCAGAAGAAUGGUAAACCGGGUUGGAUACCGGAUAACUUGAACCGAGGACAUCUGGAUUACUUUUUCUAUUUGCUGGCGGGUUUGAGUUUUCUCAACUUCUUAGUGUACCUCUGGAUUUCGAAGCGAUACAAGUACAAGAAAGCUAUAGGUCGAGCACACUGA